GUAAAUGAAGCAUAUAACAAUGUAGGUAUGCUUACUUUUCCCUCUCAUUAGCCCCUGUGAAAUGUAUGUUGCUUCGGGUAAUGCAGAAAAAGAAAAAGGAGAGGUCGUCAUCUUUGACGUGAGGUUUCAUACGCGAUUCUUACAUAAGCUCUUGCAUGACCAAUCAAUGAUGAAUCAAACAUUGAUUGCACCUGAUUCAAGUAUAGGAAUCGGAGGAUUGCAUUGGAUGGCAGAUAGUCGUAUAGUUAUUACAGGUGGAGGCGACCGGCUUGUCAAAGUCUGGAAUGUUGAAGGAGAAACCAAAUUAGUGAAAUCGUAUUCAACGAGUAAUUGUGUAACGAGCUUAUUUGUCAAUGAAGCAUGCAUGACAAUCGCUGCUGGUGUCGCUGGAGCAGAUGGCAUAGUCCACGUUUGGCAGCCAUAGAUGCUUCAGUAGAUGUGUAACAGUUUUUUAAUCAGAAGAAAAAAAAGCCUCUGUGAGUCAUUCGUUUUCAAAUAAAAAAGUCCAGAACCAAAUAUGCAAUAAUGAUUUUUUUUAAGAGUGAUUAUGCAAUUAAAUAAUAAAG